AUCGAAAGUCGAAGCUCAUCCCAGAUUUUGCAAAAGGAGAAGAGAACUUCCCAAAUCUCUGGCGUAAGUAUGCCGGCCUCCUCCACCUCAUCAUCCUCGGCGUCCUCUUCAUCGGACAGCUCGUCGGAUUCUUCGCCUCGGCGCCACCGUCGUCGCCGCCAUCAACGCCGAGACAAAGACAAAGACCGAGACGAGCUCAAGGUGAGCAAGAAAAGCCACCACCGCUCUUCUCAAUCCAAACGGCGUCGUCAUAAGCGCCACUCCUCCUCGUCCGACCGAUACUCUUCUUACUCCUCUUCCGCUUCAUCGGAUGAUGAUUACAGUUCCUCUGAUAGUGAACAUGACGCAUCAAAUCGUUCAAAGAGGCACAAAUCGAGUGACAGACCCAAGAAGAGCAAGGAUAAAGAGAAAAGGAAAAGCCAUCAGCAUAAACGUCACAAGCACAAAGUCAAAGAGAAGCAGCAGGAGGAGAGUAGCAGCCCUGUGCAGCUGUCUAAGUUUCUGGGACGAGACAAAGAUGACAGUGUCCGUCGUAGUGCUGUCUCUGGCAAAAAGAUUCUAUUAAAGCUUGAGAAAUCAAAGGAGGACAAAAUGGCAGAAAAUAAUCGGAACAAGCUACUGAAUUUCUUGAAUGCUAGUUAUGAUUGAUCAGGGACCCCAGAAAGGUUUCGUGGAAUGGGAUUUCUUGGGGCAGAUGAUUGAAGCUGUAAGACAUUCAUGAGGAUUCAAAGGCACUCCAUAUAUUAGUUAAUUACAAGAUAUGGAAGUGUGUUCUUUCUCCGCCUCAUGGUUUUUUGAGAACUUAUAUGGUUGUUGUAUCAUUAUUCUUAUUAUUAUUAUUGACAUUGUAGCUCGAUUUUGCAUUUCUGACAUUCAGCGUUAUACGACUCCUGAUUUUGCGUUAUUUAGUUGUAUCAAAAGCUGUUACAUCAAAACUGUUUUGGUGG